AUGAGCCCUCCUUCUCCCAAGAAGAAAAAUGGCGGCAAUCCUUCUGCUCCAAGACAAAUCCGCUUUGUCGCAACCGACGGCCAGCCGCAAACCAAGCGCCGCCGCGUUAAUGCCGCUUGUUUAACAUGUCGCCGGCGCAAGAUUCGAUGUUCUGGCGAGCAACCAGUGUGCAAGACUUGCUCCGACUAUAAGCAUGUCUGUCUCGGAUACACUGAAUCGACCGCACACCUGCGAACACAGUCCGACUCCGCAUCUCGAGCGCCGCCGCGCCUUUCCGCUCCGAACGAAUUGAGCGAGCACGCUUCCCGGGCAGUCGAGAGCAGCUCCCCCGAACCAAUGCCCAUAACGAUACCAAAGGCCUGUGCAGAUAAGCCCAAGACGAAAGCGCCCGGAUCAAAAGAUGCGUCUUCUUUUGGGGAUAACUCCUCUCUUGCGAACAAGGAAUUGGAUACACAGCCUGUUGGGGACAGCCCAUCCAGUGGCCGUACCUCUGUGAGCUCAGGGGGUCGCACGCAUGUCCCUUAUUUUCGAUACUUCGGCCCUACCGCGAUUGUACCGGGCUUCAAACAAAUGGUUGUGCAGGUUCGAGGUUCUCGCAGGAGUAACCCCUCCAUGUCCUCAGACUCUCCCUCCCCUCUUCGAAGCCCUAAACCGUCCGAUAUCAGCACAAGGCCCCUUGCCACUGCCGCGGAUAGUCGGGACAGUCGCGAUUCCAAUAUUCCAUUUUAUGACCGAGAUGACGCAGUUCCGGUUUCGAAUCUUGUAUCGCAUUUAUGUGAACUCUUCUUUGCCCACCUGGGCUGCAGCUUUCCUUUCAUACAACGAGAGAGAUUUCUUCAAGACCUCAAAGAGAAAAAGGUUGACACCAUGUUGGUAGAUGCAGUUUGUGCAUUAGCUGCGAGAUUCUCAACACAUCCAUCACUUGGGCCUCCACAGGCUCCUCCCAUCGAUCGUUCACAGCCCCUACUCGACGAUAAAAAGUGGGAUCGUGGUCUGCCCUUUGCUCAUCGCGCGAUGAGCGCUCUUGUGGAUUCACUGCCAUGCCCAACUCUCCCUGCCGUCCAAGCCUGUUUAUUACUCGCUUAUGAGCAAUUCGGAUCAAAUCAUGACAGUGGACUCUGGAUGUACCUUGGAAUCUCAAUUCGCAUGGCACAGGACCUCGGAUUGCAAAAGUUCCAAGGCCUCAAACAUAAUUAUGGCAAGACCGGCGUUACACCGAGUGAAGUGAUGACAGGUCAAGCCGGGAAACUAAGAGAGGAACAAUAUGAUGAUCUUGAUGUGAAUCUGAUACCCAUGACUACCCAUACCCCACAGCCUUUGGUUGAGGAACGUGCCCAGGAGCGCGAACGGGUAGACUCAUUCUGGAGCAUCUUUUUCCUAGACCGAGUCAUCUCUUCGGGUACCGGGCGACCAGUGACACUACGCGAUGAGGAUAUUGAACUCUGCUUCCCUCUUCAGUCUGAAUCCCAGUUACCAAAUGGGUGGCCAGCGCCUUUCCCACCGCUUAUUCGGAUCAUUCAUCUGUACGGCCGGGUGACCGACCUCAUCAAUGGCAUUCAGGAUGUUAAGCUCGUCACGCCGGGCACGUUGAAGAUGUUGGCUGGGAUGGAAAGUGACCUGACUGGAAUCUAUCAACGCUUGUCCCCAAGACUUCAUUUCAACGCAGCCAAUUUUCAAGCUUAUGUCAAAGCCAAGGAGGGAACCAAUUUCAUUCUUCUCCAUUUUUGGUUUCACACUCUCAUCGUUCUUCUUCACCAACCGACGUUAUUGAACUCAUUUGGUGGAUCAAUCCAACAUCUCUAUCCGAAUAGUCGUGAGCUGUCAAUGUCAUCUGCCAAAACUAUUGCCGAUAUCCUGUCCUUCUCAGAGCUUGUUGAUGGGAAAAGCUUUAUCGGGAACCCUUUCACGAGUCAGCCGAUGUACAUUGCGGCGUGCGCAUUCCUCAUGGAAAGCGCGUACUAUGCAUCUCCAUCCUCGGGGGAUGAGUCAGCGCCACCUCGGCCAUUGUUAGCAAAUCAAUCCAGUGGGUUCGUGAUGCCUACCAUGGAGUCAUCAAAUGGGACAGAGCGGAAGUCUACAGCGAAGCACAUUCUGCUUGCUUCUGCUGCCAGGGAGAAUUAUCAGCGGUGCUAUAAGGCUUUGAAAGCACUCAAUACGUAUUGGGAAGGCACUGGGUAUAUUUUGACAGUGCUGGACCAGAAGGCCAAGGGAAUUGUCGAUCCCCUACUUUAUGCUGUGGAGGAUAUGGGAAACGCUGCAGGUAUUGCCCCAGGGCAACAUCUCGGGCCCGGAGCUUGGCAUGCGGGCAAAACACCGGCAGACUCUGGCGUUGACUCAGGAAAACCAGCUGGGGUUGCGGAUAUCUCAUUGGACGGGAAAUGGUCACCACAUAUUGAUCCAAGUCAAGCUAUCGGAUGGGCACUUACAGGAGCCACAAAUUCUUCACAGCCCAACUUGAGUCUACUCUAUCAGAUGUCGGCCACUGAAGCUGAGUCUUCGUCCAAUAGACCAGCAUACUCGUCGCAGUACAGCCACAGCUACCCAGUCCUACCAACAAAUGCCGGCGAAGGGCCAAGCUCUUCAUAUCCACAGUCUAUUGCACCAGCUAGGGCCCACGAAGAAAUGACACCCUCGCUCACGACAGAAAAUGCUAAAUACCGCAAUGUUCAAUCCAGAACAGUUAACACCAACCCCUCUUAUUACAUGGGCAUGAAUCCAACGUAUUCCGAAUCAAACACACGGACAACACACGCGGUACAGACAACACAAUCUAGUUUCCCUGGAAUGCUAUCCUCCGGGAUACCAACUUCACAUAUGGAUACCCGGCCCUCUGCCUAUAAUUACUCAAUGCCUCAAGCAACAGCCGAGCACCAAACCAGAAACCAAAUGGGGUCUCGCGACCCAGGUGCCGAUCUCCAACCUAUCAUGGAUGAUACUAGCGGGAUGAUGAUCGGGAGUCAUGAGGUCGAUAUGAACGCUAUCCACCAUCAAGACUCUUUUCCGUUGGCUAACGGUGAGAUACUUCCGUGGCUCGAAUACCUUCCUCAGGAUGUCCUGAGUUUCUUUGGUGACCAUCAAAAUUAUCCACUUAUGAGCCCUGAUGAUGUGUCACGGCCUCCGUAA